AUGGCGCUCUCGAGAUCCACGCGACUGCAAGCUACUGGAACCACUAGUGGAUUUUUGGAGAAUACGUUGACUGAAGAUAUGGUCGUGAUCCCCAUAAAAGGAGCAUCAACUCCUUCGGUUGCACUCAUUCCCCAUCCAAACAUCCACACUUUUUCACAACACAAACUACCAACCUCGAAUCCAUCUUACCAAGAUUCAACUUCACCAACUCAACCAAACCCCCAAGCAUUCUUCAAAAACAUCCCAGCUCGCGCCACAUCAAUCUUCCCAGUUUUUGAUUCCUCAGAUUUCGAAACUCAUCCGCAGUCUGAAAGCUUGCAUCAUCUCUUUUGCCCCCUUAACCAAUCCAGUAAGUUCAAAUUGUAUUCAUUUUUCAAGAUGAUGACCAACUCCCCACACACCACCUACUUCUCUUUCCCCGCCUACGAGAGCCACUUCGUCAGCGAGGCAGAAGAGGAACCCACCCCAGUCACACCAACACUCUCCCAAAAAGCGCUUGAGCCAAUGGUUGACUACGCGGCUGAAACCUACCCCAUCAUCCAGCGGGAUGGACGCCUCGAGGCUGAAAUCGAGCUCAUACUUUACCUAGCCGGAGCCAGUUCGGCCCCUGCUGGGGGGAAAGCCGCCUCGCUAUACUCGCAGUCCUCAUCUUCCAACAGCUCCAUCAUCUCAUCCUCUUCUUCCUUGUUCAAAUCCAUCAAGAGCUGGUGUCGGUUCCGUUAG